UUAACUCAAGAUGAAAAGUUGUCCCUUUUCUGUGUAGAACCUCCUUGUUUUCUGGAAGGUUGCAAAUCUGCAGAAACCUUCAGCACAGACGACAACAGAAGGACCAGUAGUUGAAAAUUUUAUACAAACAAUGAUCAAUUUACAAGAUGUUGUUGAAGAAGGAAAGAACAAGGUAUCAGUUUUCUGCUCCCGUUGCCCCUCAAAAAUUCUCAACUCGAAAUCCGCCUCUUACAAAUCAAUUCAGAUGAGUCUACCCUAUCUACACAAAAAGGGCGAUAACGAGUCGCAGGCCGAAGAGCUCACAGACUUCUGGGAAGUGUUGGACAUGUACACAUUUGAAAACAUGGGCUUUUCAAACACGAUGGACGACAAGAAGUACCUCAUAUGCGCUGACUGCGAGAUGGGACCCCUCGGAUGGCACGAUCUGACAACAAAAGUGAACUACGUCGCCCUCUCAAGGGUCAAGCACAAUGAGGACGUUGCCAAAAAAUAAAAAAUAAAUAAAAUUACAGGCACCGAUAUAUUUUUCAAAAAAAGGUGUAUCACUAUUAAAUUUUAAGGGUUUUUUUUUUAAUGUUAUUUUCACUAUUGUAUUUUUAAAAAAAUUCAAUUUUUUCAAGCUUUUGAAAAAGACUUAAUGCAUUAAAAAAAAAGCUAUAUUUUCAAGCACAC